AUGGGUCAAGUUUUAUCCACAAUUGACUCACACUGUAUUAAUUUACUGGCAUCAACACAAUCCAAUUACGCCUAUUCAGAGCUAUUAGUUACACCAGAGUCAGAUAUUGAUUUAUUUCUACCAUUGAAAACAACUGGAAAUAAAGAUAAAAAUACGGAUGGAAAAGAGUCUAAUGAAGCAAUAAUCACUAAACAGACAUUAAUUAGACGAGUACGACAAAAUUUAUUUACAUUAACUAAUCUACAUGAAUUCAAUACAUUAAAUGAUCAAAUCACAACUGGUAUUCAAAAAAUUAUUGAUAGAAUUAAUAAUACGAAUAAAAUUACCAAUAUAACUAUUGCAAACAUUCUAGAAAAACAGGAACAAUGUCAAUUGGCAUAUGUUCUAAAACAAACAAAUGAUAAAUCUGAAAAAGAUCUUGAAAAUAGUUCAAUAUUUACACAUCCAUUUGUAGAUAAUACAAUAUAUAAAGGUACAGAAACAGAAAUUGAAUUAGCUAAAGAAGAUACAUUUCAACGUUUUCAAAGUCAACAAUUAUCGUUUUUUGCUCUACAAUCAUUGUUAUCCAUACUACUUGUAUUAAUUAAAACUGUACAAAUAACAGAUUCUACUAUUAUUUAUCAAAUAUUAACAAUGGCAAAACAAUUUAUAGUACAAAUACCUGUUAAAUAUUUAUCAUCAAAUGCUUUUAAACAAUCCAGUCUAUUUACAUCAUUAAAACCACUCUCUAAUUAUAUACAAGAAUUGUCUAUACAAACAAUAGAUUUAAUUGCAAAAAAACAAGCUAUUGAAAUAUUAUUAAGUUUUGCUGUAGCCAAAGCAUCAUUUACCGAUUUAUUAUAUUUAAUUGUAAGAUUAAUAUUUAAUACAGAUAAUAUAAAUAUUUAUGAUGUUCGUGGUUUAAUUUUACAAUUAAAUAAUGGUUUAGUAUCUAUUAUAGAUGAAGUUAAUUUAAAAAAACAAUUAGCAACAAAAAUUGACAUAGAAAAAAGAUUAGCAGUAGAAGAACGAACAAUAGAUACAAAAAUAGAAACUACUAAUGAAAAUCAUGAUGAAGAAUUGGGUAUAUGUGAUAUGUUUGAACAAGCAGAAGAUGAUUUUAAAUGGAAAACAAAAUCUCGAAAUAUUUCAAGUGAAAUACAAAAAUAUAAAGAAGCACAAAUAAAACUAUUACAAACAAAUAAAACAUUAUCAGAUAUGACUAAUUUUUUAGAUAAUCCAUUAGAUUAUUUACAACUAAUAAAUGUAUUACCAAAUUCAAAUUUAAUGACAUUAGAUGAGAGUAAAUUCACUCCCACAUUUUUAGCAUCCAUAUUGUUAGCACAUAUCGAUUUACAUAAUCAAAUUAAUUCAAAAUGUGCAUUUGACAUAAAUUCUUUAAAUACUUCAUUUUCUUUUUCAUUACAUUCAGAUACAUUUAAACAAUUAUUUGAUGUUAUACAAAAACUAAGUAUUACACAACUAUCCGAUCAUACAGCGUACAUAUUAGUUGCUUGUUUACGAUUAUUUACCACACAUUUAAAAUUUUUAAUUAAAUCAGGUUUGAAUACAACGGAAUUGGUUUCCAAUACAGAAUUUGUUCAAUGGAAAGAACUUAUGUUUCAAUUGGCUACAGACAUUGAAAUUAAAACAAUUGAUAAUAAUCAAUCAUUACAUGAAAACAUUCGCAUAACUCUAUGUACAGAAGCUUCUAAAGCAUUUAUUUAUUUAUUAGAAAAAGUACCAUCAUUGAUUGAUAAACUUCAAUUUAUUCACAAAUGUAUUCUUGAUAAUAAAUAUCCCGUUUUAAUUCAACAAUUAUUAAUUGAUCUACAUGAUAGUAUAACGUUAAAAAAGUGGAUCGAAUUAUUAACGGAUGGUAAACUAAAACAAGAUAUGAAUCAUGAUGAAAAUAAUGAUAAAUCAACGUUUAUACAAAUUCAAGAAACAACAUUAACAUUAUUAUAUUCAUAUAUGGAUAUUUGUUUAGAGUCAAACUAUAUUCAACAACAAAAACAGAUUAAAGAUGAUAAAAUAGUAACAUUGGACCAUGUGUUUCUAUUAUUUCAAGAAUUAUUAUUAAUUACAUUAGAUAAUGAACUAUCUACUGUAUCGAAUGAUAUUGAUGAUUUAUGUGAUAGUUAUACACUUCCUGUUACCUCACUAGCUAUAGUUUACAUUAAACGAGUAUUAACUGCUAGUACAAACACAUCAAUUGUUAGUAAUUUAUUACAACCUAUGUUAUCUGGCUUAUGUAUCCUAACACAGCCAAAAUUCAAUUUUAAAUCGACUCAAGUCAUAUUUACAGCAAUUUCACCAUUACUUGCAGAAUAUUUAAUACAUAGUACGACUACCGAUACGAAUACAUAUCUAACCGCUUGGUUACUAGGUAAAAUAAGCAAUAUUAUGUUAAAUAGUAUAAAACUUCAUUCGUUAGAAAAAAAACAUGUCAAUACAUUAAAUAUGCCUUUAUUUGGUGGUGGAUAUGAGAUGACAUCAGAAGAUAAUCAAUAUAUAAUUCAAUUAUUACAAUCAAAUUUAGCUCAAUAUUUACAAUUUGAAUUGCCUAGAAUAAAAGCUAUAAAUAAAAUUGAUCAUGAAUUUUUAAUGUCAAUUUAUAAUAAUGUUAAUGAUGGUGCACAAUUAUUAUUAAAAUUAAAAAUGUUUGCUAAAGAUAAACAACGAUUACAAAAAUCAAUUGAAAUACAAGCAAAUGAAGCAACUGCCGCAUUAUUUGCUGUUUAUGUUAAACAUUAUCGACGUAUAAAACUUGCAAAAAUCGAAUGUCAAACAGAUAAAAAUAUUAAACCAAAUAGUAAACUUAUUUCACUUUAUCACUAUGCAGCAUAUAUUCAAACAUUAUUUGCUACAACAAAAGCUCAAGGUGGUGAUUGUAAUGAAUUAUAUACACAAAUUAAAAAUAAUACAUUAUUUUUAUUAUCAUCAAUUAAGGAAAAUAAUUUUAUAGCAUUUGUAAAUGAUACUAGUUCAAUAACAAAUAUAACAAAUAAAAGAAAAUCAUCUGUAGAAACUCCUUUUUUAGAAGUAUCUCCAAAAAAUAUGUUUCAAAGACAAAUUUCUAGAUGGACAAAAGCUAAAUAUAUACUUCGACUACUUCGUAAUACAAUGACAGCUAUUAUACGAUUAAAAAAAAUGAUGUUAUUACGUAAACAAGAAGCAGAACAAAAACAAGAUAAUGAAAGUAUAUUACAUAGAAAUAUAAAAACAUUUGUAAUUGAACAUAAAAAUACAGUUCAAACAGAAGAAAUAAUAAUAUGUAUGAAAAAACAACAUGAACGUAUAAUUACAAGAUUAUUAACAUAUAAAUUUAUUCAAAUAUUUAUUAAAAAAUUAUUUAAUAUUGAAAAUAAUCGAAUUUAUAUGAUUUUAUCAAUUUAUUUACCACAUUUAAAUAAUAUACAUACUGAUUGGCAUUAUCUACAAAAUAUUGAAAAUUCAAAUGUAUUAUUAAAAGAACAAAUUGAAUUUAUAUAUUAUUCAAUUAUUCAAAAUAUAAUAAAAUUUAUAUUAUCAUUAUCAUCAGAAUCAACAAUUUCUAGUACAUUAAUAUUACAUUCAUUUAGUUUACUUAAUUUAUCUUAUAAAUCUACGGAUUUAAUACAAAUUUAUAAUUCUCGAUUAAUUAAAGAUUUAUUUAUGCAUGUUAGUACCAUUAAAACAAAUGAUGCUCCAUGGAAUAUUAGAUUUACUGCAUUCAAUUGGUUUAGAAUGGUCAUCUUACAACUAUCUGAUAUUAUGGAAAUUGAAGAAAAAAAUAAUGGUAAAGUUAAUCCUGUUUUACAACAAUUACAUGAAAAUAUUUUUCAUAAAUUAAUAUUAUCAGAAUUACAAGGAUUAAGACAGUUAAAAAAAACGGCAUCAAAUACAAAUUUAAAUAAUAUUGAAAAUGAAAAUAUUCAUUUAAAUGAUGCUGAGAUAGGUUGGUUUAUUGCUAAAAAAUCGACUACUACUCAAGAUAUAGUAAUGACAAAUCAAACACAGGUUGAAAUUGAAAUUUAUACAAAUCAAUUAUUAGUACUAUUACUUAGAUGUGUACAUUUAUAUACACAUGUACGUUAUAGUUGUUCAACAUCAAUUUAUAUUCAAGAAUUACUUUAUAUUUAUAGUACAAGUAUGAAUAGUAUUAGUACGACUCUGGCAUUGAAACUAUUGCGUGAUUUAUUAAAUUUAUUACUACAAAAUAAUCACAUAAUGUUUACAUUAAAAUCACAUGAAACAGUAAACCGAAAACAAUUAUUAGAAACAUUUUUAUUUACUAUUGGUAAUAGUUGUUUACAAAUAUCUGAUAGUACUAUUAGAAGUAAUUCGGCUACAGUUACUGAAUUAAUAUAUAUUUAUAGAACAUUAAUAUCUGUACGUUCAUCUUGGCAAACACUAGCAAUACAAAUAAUUGUGGAUGCCAUUAAAUUAAGUUCAUCAUUAAUUAAAUCCAUCGAAACAAUAGAAUCUAGUACAUUAAAUCAUUUUUUAGCAUCAUUAUGUGUACUAGGUGGAUAUAUUCAACCUUAUUAUGAAGGUUGUAUAGUAUACGUAUAUGAAGAUUUGAAUAUAGAUGAAUAUGAUUCUGCAGUUAUUGUCAAUAUUGAUAAUAAUAUUCGAGACUCCGAUUUAGCUGAUGGAUUGCCAUACUGUAUACAAUAUGCAACAUCAAACGAAAUUAAAUGGAUUUCUGCCGAUAAAUUACGUAUAGAAACAUGUAUUCCGGUGCCGAAUUUAUUACCUGUAUCAGCAAUUUUAAUAUCGAAUGAUACUAUUCCAUCUGAAGUAGAUACAUUUAAAACAACAGAAACAAAUGCUUAUGUAUUAAUAGAUACAUUAGGAUUACUCAUACAAAAUGAUAUAAUUACAACUGAUAAUUUAACAUUAUUACAAAUUAGACGUCGUUGUAUUGCAGCUUUAUCACAUAUAUUAAAUGACAAAAAACUCAUAGAAGUAUUUAUGACUAAACCAUAUGCAUCUGUCAUCGCACAAUUAGCAUUAUCAGGUAGUAUCAAUAGCGGUACUUACAAUACUAUGCCUGUAGAUUUACGUUUGAUGAACAAAACACAUUUGGAACAGUAUAGUUUGAGUCUGGAUACGUGUGUAAGAAUGAAACAAAUACUAGACGAUGAUGAGAAAUCAGUCGAAACAGAUACUGAUAAAAACAUUAAUGCUCCUACUACAGUAUCUUUGGAUAAUUUAUCGAAUACAUUAGAACACCCCAAUACUAAUUUUCGAAUUUGGAAUCAAAAGUUAGAUGGUGUUAUUUACGACCCACUGAUAUAUAAAGCUGUAUCGACAAUUUUAGAUGAAAACCCAGAUUGGAAUGCAUAUGCAACAGAAAUACAAGUGCAAAGAUUCAAACAUGGUCGAAGUGGAAAUGAUGAAGUCAGAAUUAUACAAUUUUCGCCCGAUCAACAUGGAAAAAUAGAAGAAUGCGGUGAUAAACAUAAAUUUAAUGGUAAAGUUACUUGUGUAAAUAACAUGUCUUGUUUUCCUACGUUUCGUACUGAUAAUAUCCGACUAACUAAAGGUAAAUGGUAUUAUUGUAUUAAAUUGGCCUGUGAUAGUAUUAUUCAAGUAGGAUGGGGAACCGAAAAGUUUGUUCCAAAUAUAGAGCAAAACUUAGGCGUUGGUGAUAAUGAUUAUUCAUGGUCUUAUGAUGGUUCACGUGGAACUCUAUAUCAUAAUGCUACAGAUUAUUUUGCCAGUUCGGUUAGAUGGACAUAUGAUGAUGUUUGCGGCUGUGGAAUUGAGAUUGAUGGAGAAAAUACAGUAAUUAAAUAUUGGUUAAAUGGUGAAUUAUUAGGCACUGCGUUUACUCAUAAAACAAAUCCCGAUUGUGAAUGUCAAUGUAAUCUUUUACCCGAUGGAGAACAUACAAUAUAUUAUCCUGCAGCAAGUCUUUCUCAAGGAAGUUGCUGUGAAUUUAUAUUUAGUCCUGAAGAUAUGGAGAAAUGUCCGUUACCAAAGGGCUACAAGCCAUUAUUACUACCAAAGAUAAUUCAUACAGAAAAUACAUUAGUUGCCUACCCAUAUAGUGCAUAUCUAGUUGGUGAUAAACCUAAAGAUUAUUUUCAUAUCAAUCGUGAACAAUCUGAAGUAACACAUCAAUUUCUACGUGAUUUUGUGAAUAAAGAACAUAUUCAAACCACAUCAAAAUUAGAAGAUGUUAAUAAAGAAAACUAUCAACAGUUAAAAGUACCGAACAUGGGUAUUCCUUUUUCCAUCGACACCUAUGUUAAUAACGAAACACUAACUGCACUUACAAUUAGUUUUGAUUUUGAAUAUACAGUUAUACCUGAAGUAAAUGUUGAUGAAUUUAUUGUUAAACUGUUAACAUUAGAUACAGAAUUAUUUACAAUACCCAUACAAUUAAAUAAAUCGACAGAAGCAAAUGAAUUAAAAUUUCAAAAUAAAAAUAUUUAUCAUAUUGCUAUAAUAUUUCAGUUACAAAAGCCAGUAAUAAUCUAUAUAAAUAAUAAAUGUAGUACAUUUGAUUGUAAUACAUUCAAUAUGAACAAAAAGAAUUUAAACUUCUGUAUAUUACCUGAAUUUUCAGGUGAAAUUAAAAAUAUUGGUAUCUGGAGAUAUCCAUUAUCUGAGCAACAUAUUCAACGAUUAUUUACUUACAGUUUAUCAUAUAUUGCUGUUGAUUAUCGAAAAUUACAGCAACAUCGAAAACAAAAUAAUACAUUAACGUUUAAUCAACCACAAUUUCCACGUGAAUUACUAUUGUGUACGGAACCAUUUGAUUCUAAAUUGUGGGAUAAAAAAAAGAAAACUAUUGACCCAGAUGAAUUUAAAUAUUUUCGAAUGUUAUCUACAGAUACUGUUAUAAAUACAGAAUAUGCUAUACAGUUAUUUGGAAAUAACAGUUAUUUAGUAUUAGAUAAAUCAUCGAUUAAUGACCCAUUGGAUGUAAAUGAAAAAAGUGAAACAAAAUCUGAAGACAAAUCAUUAAAUGUAUGGACAGAAUAUAAAAUUAUUUUAGAUAUUAAAAUACCAUGUUUAGCUGUAGAAACAAAAACUACACUAGAUGCUGCUGAUGAAAAGGCCGGAGCUGUAAACGAAACAACGGGAAUAAGAAAAGAGUCGAUUAUUACAACUGAUUUAAACGAAAGUUUCCAUACGGCUUACUCGGGUGAAUUUGAGACAAUUUUAAAUACGUUAACAUUACUACGAAUAUCAGAAUCACGGGAACUCUGUAUUACAAAUGAAGGUCGACUCUGUGUAUCUGAUGCCAAGAGUGUAACAACAUUAAAAUCACAUGAAUAUUCACGUCUAGUUAUUUGUAAAAAACAUGAUAACAUGAAAGUUUAUGUAAAUGGAAAAUUAGAAUUAAAUGUGUCUGUUGAUGAACAAGCAUACGCAUUAAAUGAAGAUUAUAUUUAUUUAUUCAAAGAGCUUGAUAAUUCAAAUGUUCUUAGUUCAGAUAUAGUUCGAAUUGAAUGUAAAUCAAUAACAUUCAAGAAUAAAUGUAUUGAUCAGUUAUCAUCUGUUUUAGAAUCACCCACACACUCAUUAGAAAAAUUUGUUGCCUUACCAUUCGCAACAUUAUCAAACAGUCUAAUGUCAAUUGGUUAUAAAAAACAAUGGAUAAAAACAAUCAUAAAACAAUACAAUGUAUAUAAUAUUCAAACAAUUGAUACAUUGAUACGUCAAAAUAUGCAACACCUAUUGGAUGUAGAUCUAGUAAAAGAACGUGAAUCGAAAGUGGAUUUAUUAUGUAGAUUAAAUUCACAUAUUGAUAGAGAAAAAUUAAAGAAAUUUACAAAACCAUUGAAACUUGAUACAGAUGCUGAUGUGGUUACAGCAUGUGAACAAAUUUUAGAACAUUGGAAUGAAUUACAAACUGAGAAUACAUCGAUAAUAAAUGAUGUUAAUAAUUCUAUGAAUAAAUCAGAUGUAGAUUCAAAUGUGUUGAUCAAUAAUGACGAUGAUAAUGAUGAUAUAGAUCAAUCAGAUACAGUCGAAGUACUUCGACCUAAAUGGUAUUCAAAAUGUGUUGAUAAACUAAAUAUACAAGAUAGUAUAUUUAGAUGGAUGCAAGAUAAAACGACGCAAACCACAGAUUCAAAGAAUACAACAGAUAAAAAUUCACAACUACUAGAUUUAACUAAACCGGAAGAAAAUGAACUUACAAAUGAGAUUGAUGUACAUAUUCAACGUAAAAAUGUAUACAAAUCAAUUCAAUAUUCACAUAGACAAAUAACAUAUAAACAAUAUGUUGAAUCACGUAUAGCAUGUGAAAUAGGAUUAACAUCAGUCUAUGCACGAUAUACAAUAUUAAAUAUGUUAAAAAUUUGGACUAAUAGUAAUGAUAAAAAAAAUAAUUUAUUUCCAUUACAAGGAUUUGGUGAUUGGCAUUUUAUUACAAAAUUAUUAAGAUUUAUGGAUUAUCAUUAUGUUCAUACAAGUAUUAGUUCUGAUGAAACAAUAGAUAGAAUGAAAAUUUUAGCUAAUUCAAUUGUUCAAGUUGAAACAAAUGAAUUAUUAAAACAAACAAAAAAAAUUACACGUGAAUUAUUUUAUACAACAGCACCAUUAUUAUAUCAUUUACAAAUAGAUAUUAUUACACAAUGUAUUCGAUUUAUAUCACAGCCAUCAUUUUUACAAACUAAUGAUGAAACUUUAAAUGAACAAACUAUAAUUACACAACCUAAUUUAAAUUUUGUUUUAAGAAUAUUAAAAUUAUUUCUUGAAUUAAUUAGUAAUUCAGAAAGACAAUAUAUACAAAUUUUAGUUGAAAUUCUCUUUCCUAACUCAUUAAUUGAUAUAUUAUUUGAUUUAUUCUUAUUAGUACCUAAAGCACAAUCAAAAGUAUUUAUUCUACAUAUAUUUGUUAAGUUAAUGCAAAUUUCAGAUAAUUUUAAUUUAAAUGCAGAUGCUCAACAGUUUUUACUCCAAUUUCUUGGAUUUAUAACAACAAAGGGUUUAGAUUAUGGUUUAUCUAGUAAUUUACGAUUUGCUGUAAUGGAUUUAUGUUUUGUAAUACGAGAAAGAGAAAAACAAAAACAAAAAUCUAAAAUAGAACAACAAGAUGAAUCAAAUAAAAUAACAACUGAACAAUUAGAAAUUGAAAAAUAUUCAAACUAUGGUGAAUCUUUACGUAAUCUAUUUACGGUAAUGGAUGUAAUAAAAGCAUUAACAGAUCAAACAAAACAAAUAAUAUUUCCUCAAGAAUUUAUUACACAAUCAAUUUCUUGUGGUUUAGAAUUGACAAAAAAAGAAAUUGAAAAUUCAAAUAUAUUUUUUAAUAAAGAAGUUGAUAUACAAUUGAUUGAUUUUAUGAAUAAAAAUAUAGGUGAUAAUUCUGAAUCAUUAUCCGAUUCAUUGAUUGUUAAUUUUAUUACCGGAUUAUCGAAUGAUUUUAUAACUGAUACAAAAUAUAGUACAUACACAUUAUUACACAAUAUACCUGUAGUUCAUUUAAAAAUGCGUAUUAAACUAUUAUAUCUAUCGAAUAUAUUUAUCAAAAAUGUUUUAAAUGAUGUAGAUUUUAGUUUAUCAACUGGUAUGAGUAUGCUUGUUGAUGCUAUUCGUUCAACAAAAGCAUACAUAUUAUACAGUAUAAAAAUUAAAUUAAUUAAUAUGAUAUUAGAUAGAACAGGCAAUGCAGAGACUGUGGGAGAUAUUGAACUUGAUACAGUAAAAGCAAGUAACAUUUCUACAUAUAAAGAUACAAUAUUUUAUCAAGCUUAUAAACAAUUGCAUAAAAAUGCCUAUCGUACAUUUCGAAAAGCAGAAUAUUAUCAAACAUGGAGAGUAUUAUAUGUUGGAAUGCAUAGUACUGAUUCUGGUGGUCCAUACAGAGAUUCUAUUACUUCAAUGUGUGGAGAUAUAUGUAGUACUAGAUUACCAUUAUUUAUUCUAUGUCCAAAUGGACGAACAAAUAGUGGAUUAAAUCGAGAUCGAUGGAUUCCAAGUGUAUUUUCACCACAAACAAGAAUUCCAAAUAAUAUAAAAAAUUUCUAUAUAUUUAUUGGUCAACUUAUGGGUAUGGCUAUGAGAACAAAAAAUUUAUUAAAUUUACAAUUUCCAUCAUUAUUAUGGAAACCAUUAGUACAUGAAUCAGUUACUAUUGAAGAUAUUGAAGCUAUUGAUAUGCAAAGUUUUACAUUUAUAAAUGAAAUGGAAAAAGAUGUGAAACAAACUAAAACUAUGAAUACUGAUGUUGAUAUGAAUAACGAAGAAAAAUGUAAAGAUAAUAUUGAUUUUUUAUUUGAUAGUAUUAUGAGUGAAUUAAACUUUGAUAUUGUUGGUUCAGAUAUGCAAACAUACGAAUUAGUAUCCGAUGGCUCAAACAUUCCAAUAACUACAGCUAAUUAUAAAGAAUAUUGUUUGAAAUAUCGUGAAUAUCGUUUACAAGAGUUUAGUAGACAAGUGAAUUAUAUUCGACAAGGUUUAUAUAGCGUUGUCCCUUGGCCAAUGCUAACAUUAUUAACUGCAUCUGAAUUAGAAGAGCUUAUUUGCGGUAAACCAGUAAUUGAUGUUGAAUUAUUAAAGCAACAAACAGAAUACAAACAUCCAGCUGAUCGUCAUACUACACCGUAUAUAAAACGAUUUUGGACUGUAUUAGCAGAUAAAUUUAAUGAAGAGCAAAAGAAAUUAUUUUUAAUUUUUGUUUGGGGCAGAAGUACAUUACCUACUCGACCAGAAGAUUUCCAAUGUAAAUUUUCUAUUCAGAAGUUAGAAUCAUCUGGUGAUGUGGAUAAAACAUUACCAAAAGAAAAUCCUACAGUUAGUCGUUAG